UAUAAAAUCGAGUGUCCACAGUCACAAACUUCACAGUCCCUCACCAUGAUGGCACCGGUAUUGAGCUCAAUCGUGCUACUGAUCUUUCCAAUUGUUUGCAAUGCUGCAUUGACCAAAAUAUUGGGCGAAAAUGAAAUUGCAACUGUCCUGAAAAUACGGGGUAUACAAUCAACAAGAACUUUUUCCACCCCAACCAACAGACUGGAUUGUGUGAUGUUCCAAAACGCUUUUUCGCUCCCAGGACAACAAACUAUGUUCCAAUCUGUUGGCAUCGUCAGCACAUUCGCUGAUAGAAAUAAAAUUGAGUACAUUGCAGGCGAUAACUGCCAGGGCGAUUUCCAGACUAACAUCUAUGCAGAUAAUGAUGAAAUCCGAGUUAGAUUCGGGGGAAUGGAGAUGUCAAGGACAUGGUCUAACACCAAUUACGAAAUAAUGGUUGAUCCCUUUGCUCCAUCACAGUGGACCGAAUGCUUUGAUAGCACACAAAUGAGUCCAGCCGAGUUCUCGGCGUUACUCAACGGAGGAAACACUCCAUCUCGCAGAUGUAGAUGAAAUAUCAAAGAGAAUGCGAC